AUGUUGACAGUGAGAGAUUCUUUUGUUUCUGACUCAAAAUUAUGUGGUGAUGUUAAUAAUAAUGAAAUUAAUGAGGAGGCUGAUACAGGUAUUUAUAACUAUGAUAUUACAAAGUCAACAUUGAGUGUAGAUUCUAAUUUCGUAGAAAAUGAUGAUUCUUGCUUAACUACAACAAUAACUACAAAUGAACUGGGGGAUUCCAACAGUAUUUUAUCAGUCUCUGGUACUAAUUCUACUGGUAUAUUGCCCCAAUAUGGUUCUACAAGUAAUGAUGAUAAAGCUGAGGAACAAUCAGCCUUUGAUAUACAGCCAUUAGAUGUAAGUAAUAAUGUAGUAAAUAAUACAAAUUUCUGUAAGGAUUCCAAUAAUAUGGGACCAAUAGUCUCUACUAAACAAUGUAGACGAUUGUCAACUGCUAAUUAUGAUAUUGGUCCACGUCAGCUAAAAUAUAAUCAAAUUGGUGUCUAUUGGAAAGAUAAAGAAAGCAGAGUUUAUGCAAGAUUUACUUGGGCAACAAGGAAGUAUUCUAAAAGUUUUUAUGUGGGACCUAAUAAACCAUACGCAACUGUAAGAGAAGCUGAGAAGGCAGCUAUAAGAUUUUUAUUGAUUAAUAGCCCAUUGCAUCGUCGAAGUCACUUAAAACAUUUCAGAUUUACAGAAAGUGAUGAUGAAUCAAACGAACCUUAUGUUGGUACUCAGGCAUUGAAAGAAGCAAGAAAAACUAAGGGUAUAAUGCUGCACUUCCCUGCUCCAGAAAGUGAUGAUGAAGUAUGGUCACAUUAUAAUACAUCUAAUAUUAAUCCAGCUACAUUAUAUGGUGAAAUUAUUAAGAAGAUGGAUAAUACAAGUGACAAUAAUACAGGUUUAACAAGUCCAAUAACAUCAGCUCGUGAUUACGUUACUUCUAAAAACAAACAAAUAGCACAAAGUCUGUCAGAGCAAAGUACUAGUAAUAUAACUACUUCAAAUGAUAAUUUAUCAUCAGAUGAAAUCUUUUUAUCAUUGAUGGCUAGUCAAAAUGAUGUUGAAAGGAUGGUUGAAAGACAAUCAACAGGUGUUUUUAUGAAUCCAACGACAACAGCUACCUCUAUCUCUUCGAAAAGAUUCAAACCCUCAAAAUCUGAUACAGUGGAGUCAUCAGAUACUAGCUAUGUAUCAACUCCACAGUAUAGUCCAAUAUUUGUUGAUUCAUCACUCGGAGGGGGUACAUUAAGCAACAUAGAUUAUAAUACACUUGCUGCUUUACAACAUUUACAAAUGACUAAUUAUUACUUGCAGCAACAAAUGGCUUUUGCAGCUGCCGCAGCUAAUUUUGGAAUGAGUUCAGGAGCUCCAAAUAAUACCAAUUCAUUUAUUCCAACACAUUUGGGAAUUGCACAAUCAACAUUACCUGAAUCUAAGACUGAAUUAGGUCCUGAAAUUCAAAAUAUUGAUACAAACGGUAUGUCAUCUUUAAAUCUUUCAUCAAAGGUUCCAGCUAUGGCAUCCUUAAUAGAACAACAUGUUAAGAUUCCAGGGCAAGAUAUGAAGAUCAUGCCUUCAUCAAAUAUUAGUAUAUGUAGUACAUCUCCGACAAUAAAUUAUCAGCAAGACUAUGCUGCAGCAGCUGCAAUGGUAGCAGCUGCUACAUAUCCAGGUUGGUAUCCAAGUCCUUAUGCCUAUGGAAUACCAUUCAUCGGAACAUAUUCACAGUUUAUCCCGACAAUAGUACCAAAUGCAGCGACUUGCAAUAUUGGAUGCAAUCAACAAAAUAAAAAUAUCAUGAAUAAUCAAGUCUCAAUACCACCAGCAUCUCAUUCAAAUAUUGAAUCUUCAGUAAACAUAUUUGAUAAUAUCAAGGAGAAUUUAGAGGAAGAUAACAAGAAAGUAAUGACUCCCAAUGAUUGA